AUGGCCCCUUUUCAAUGCCGCGCCUGCCCUCAGGCAUUUCCCCAUCGGGAAAUCCUUGAUGAACAUGAGACCAACACUGGUCACUAUCGCAACCGCUACCCUUGCCUGAUGUGCCCUGCGGCCUUCUUCACCCAAGAUGAGGCCGAGGACCACAUGGAUGUAUUCGGUCACUUUGAAUACAAAUGCGAAUCCUGCGGCAUCCACUUUCGCGAGUCAGGUCAUCUCAAGAUGGUACGUAUCACCCUCCUAGGCCAUUCAGAUAGGACGGUGUUACUAACAACCAUAUGGCACCUGGAGUCCAACGUGCAUAAGCCACUGAUCCACCAGUGCCCUUUCUGCCCUGAAAUGUUUGGCACCCCUUCCGCCGUGGCCCACCACCUCGAAAGCAACUGCUGCCCCAUUGCCACAUGGGAAGAUGUCGAGCAUCUUCACGGUAUCCUGCGGUCUAUCGACAAGGAAGGCGUAUUCACCCUCCCCAAGCCUGUCAACCGACCUCUGCCUCGCUACGUCAGCCACAAUGACUUCCACAAGUGCCUGAUCUGCGAUCGAGUUUUCAAGCGGGAGAACGGGCUCAUGGCCCAUCUUCAGUCCCCUGUUCACCGACCCAUCAUCUAUCGUUGCAUCCAUGAUCGUGAGCACUGUGACAAGAAGGGCUUUGUCACUCUUGCAGCUUUCUAUAACCAUCUGGAAAGCGGUGCCUGCGGACGUCUGGACUUUGAGUUUGUUGAGGAGUUUCACAACAUCCUCGCAGACGCUGCUAUGGUGCAACGUCCUCUCUACUUCGCCGACCUGGCGGUGUAG